AUGGUGGCGAGAUUUAGCCCUUUUUCUCUGAAACUGUCUCAAAAGCUUCAUAAUCAUCAAUCUUCAUGUUUCUCUAAACAAGUAGCUGUUAGCUGUAGAUAUGGACUGAAAAGGUUUGACCUUAGAAGGCCACAGAUAUUGUCUUCUGCUUUUGGAGGAAGCUCUGAUGGGUUGCGUGUGUUUGUGGUUUCUGAUUUGCAUACUGAUUAUGAUGAGAAUUUGAAGUGGGUGGAGUGUUUGUCAAGAGUGAAUUAUAAGGAUGAUGUGCUUCUUGUGGCUGGUGAUGUUGCUGAGACAUAUAGCAUGUUUGUUGUUACAAUGUCUCUUUUGAGAGAGAGAUUUGAGCAUGUCUUUUAUGUGCCGGGAAAUCAUGAUCUUUGGUGUCGUCGCGAGGGCCAAAACUAUGUUGAUUCUGUUGAAAAGUUUAACAAAUUGCUUGAUGCAUGUAAGAGAAUUGGAGUCGAGACAAAUCCAAUGGUUGUUGGUGCAUUAGGGAUCAUUCCUUUGUUCUCUUGGUACCAUGAGAGCUUUGAUAAAGAGGAGGACAUAACAGGCUAUCGCAUCCCGUCUUUGGAGAUGGCAUGUAAGGACUUCUAUGCAUGUAACUGGCCCAAUGGACUUUCAAAUGGAGAUACCUCCCUCUCUUUAUAUUUUGAUGCCCUCAAUGAUAAACAAAUGGAAAGUAUAAAGGAGAUUCAGAAGACAUGUGAUCACAUAAUUACCUUUUCCCACUUUGUUCCAAGGCAAGAACUUUGUCCAGAAAAGAGAAUGUUAUUCUAUCCCAAGCUUCCGAAAUUAAUUGGUUCAGACCCUCUUGAAGAUAGAAUAAGGUCUAUACAUGGUGCUCAGGGAAGAGAGGAUGCAUCUUCUUGCCAUGUUUUUGGUCAUACUCACUUCUGUUGGGAUGCUGUUGUAGAUGGCAUAAGGUAUGUACAAGCACCCUUAGCUUACCCAAGAGAAAGGAAGAGAAGAAUGAAUGGAGGAGACAAUUGGCUACCAUUUUGCCUCUAUGCUGACAAAAAGUUUUCUGAUAAACUCAAUCCUUGCUUUUGGUCUGAUUAUUACUCUGCCAAUCCCAGAACACCUCAUAACACCAAGCUUGCUCCUUGGGUAGCCAGAUUUUACAAGCUAAAGAAAGCCAUAGAUGUAUAG